AGAUAAUGUGCCAGUCGAGUUACAGGAAGAGAACAAUAUCAAGUUUAGAUUUGAAGUUUUUGAAAAGAGCAUGCCGACAAAUGGACCAGUUGAAUGCGCAGCCCCAAAAGAACCAAUCAAAUUUGACAUCAUGGCUGCAAUGUGUGACGGUAAUAGAGGUAUAGGUUACAAAAUGAAACUUCCAUGGCCAAGUCUUAAGCAAGAUUAUGAAUACUACACUACAUGUGUUUCAACAUUGAGGAGUCAGUCACGUGAUGCGGGAAAUAAAAAGAUUAUUCAAAUUCGAGGCAGAAAGACCUGGCUGGUUGCAGGUGAGGCUGAACGUAAUGCUCCCAAUGUGUACACCAUUAUUGUCAGCACCACUUGGACGGAAAAAGAUUGUAACAGUCCAAAUGUUUUGAAAGUUGUACAAACGUUUCAAGCUGCCAUGUCUGAAGUAAAUCAGUUAGACAAUCAAAAUGAAGUCGACAGUGUGUGGAUCAUGGGAGGUGCUAGCAUUUAUGAGGAGGCUCUCCGUCAUCCACAGUUUGGUCGACUUUUUCUAACACACGUGUACAAAGACUUCCCAUCUGAUGCUUUCUUCCCACAAUUUGACGAUUCAUUCAAGGAAGUUCAGAACCAUCCUAAUAAAGGAAAGAUAAUGGAAGAAAAUGGUGUGAAAUAUGAAUUUAAGAUUUAUUCAAAAUAAGUCAGAUAAUUUAACUAUUGAAAAAGUUGUAAGUGGAAAAAAUUGACCGUCAAUGUCUAAUUAUUGAAAUUUGCUGAAGUUGUCGUAACUUUGUCAUUUGAGGACAAAUUAUUCAUUCUCGGAUAAAAUAAUGCGUAUUUCAAACCCAACAUGAUGCUUAAUUCAAACUUGAGCUUGACCUUGAACUGACCUGUCCACCAGAUCCAAUAUGAAAUUUGUGUUUUUUAGUUACAAAAAAAUCAGUUUUGUAGGAGUAGUCUUUACUACUAUUUUUUUCUGGCGUGGUUGACUUUAGAAAUAAGAAAAAGUCAAGGGUGGUCAUUGCCUUGUAGUGGCUCCUUUUAGUUUAGAAAGGGUAAUUUUUAUUUACUUUCGAUUAAUCUUGAACCUGAAUAAGACUUGUACAUGAUAAAAAAUUUUUUUAUUGAAGAUUUACUUGAAUACAUCUUUACUGACGUUUUCUUAAGUUUGAUGAUUUCAUAUACAUGUUGAUGAAUGCCUACUUUAGUUAUAGCUAAGAAUCCCGCUUAUAUAUAUAUAUAU